AUGUUGGUGUUGACUUUUGGCUUCCAGCCCCCGUUCCCAGACCCACCUGAUCCAUCUGAACCCCCGUUGCCGCCGCCCGUUCCUUCGCCCCCUAUACCUUCAGAUCCCCCCACCCCAGAGCCGAGCGAGCCACCUCCCCCUCCACCACCCGAACCAUCCAACUCCGAACCGCCAGUCUCUUCCGGAGACGAUGAUUCAAGUUCGGUUAUCCCAUCCUCAGUGGAACCCUCAGCACCUUCGUCAGUGCCACCAACGCCGUCAUCGUCUUCCCCCUCCCGCCGCCCUUCACCUCGACCGCCCAGCCCAUCCGUCCCUGAUGAAACUUCCGAGCCGCCACCACUCAUAGAUACAGUCACUGAAUCUAUCACCUCAGAAACUGUGUCUUUUACAACUGUCACCACCUCUGUAGAUGGGAGACUCACGACAUUCACCUCUGCUGUAACGGCUCUUGCAGACCCAUCGACAAGAGGAGUCCACGGCGAUCCACAGCGCACGGCCUUAAUCGCCGGGCUUAGCACGGGGUUGGUUGCGCUUCUCUUGAUUCUCUUGGGUGGAGCAUACGCCUACAUGCGACAGGUGCGCCGAAGGCAGCAGGCGGUUAUAGCGGCAGAGAAGAAGCGGAAGGAAACGAAGAACCUCCUCGACGGCGAAGGCUUUUAUGACGAUGACGAUCCUUUCCUUGCGAUGCGGUCAUACGGACCUUCGACACCAUUGACCGGCCCUGCAGUGCCCAGGACUGUAUCACCAACGCCCUCUCCGAUACGCUCUCGUGCCUCGGAAUCAGGUUCCAUCUUCCGCGAGGAUGUAUGGCCUCCGCCCCAGGACGACCUUGUAGAUCCCAUAUACAAACAGAGCAGCCAGGUCAACCUCAGUCGAAUUGUAGAUGAGGUCAUGGGUCCCUCCACACACCCCAGCCAUGGCAGGUCACGAACGGAGAGCACGUUGGACAGUAUGACUUCCAUGCUUAGUCCGAACGAUCGUCGACAUUCCACAGAAUCCUUUACCCCGUCCUUCAAUUCUUAUGUGGACCCAUUCAGAACACCUUUACCAUCCGCUUCAUACUCCUCGCAGAGUAACAGCAACCCUUUCGCUGCCUCACGGUCAUCGCUGUCAUUUUUGCCAGACGGCGCGGGCUACUCUCCAGUUGCGUCCACCUCUGCGACAGGCUCGGCACCAGCCAGUCCCGUAUCCCUCGGUCAAGGCCCUUCAUCCCCUCCAGGUGAUACCCAUUCGACACCACCACCGAUAUCCGGCUCGGCACCCUAUUCUCCCAGCGGUUCUGUCACCCCACGAGCCAUUUCGCCAACAUCCACGCUGAAUCCGAGUCGGCUGACCGCCCAACCCAAAAAGUCAAGUCCGCUCGCUCGGGCUCUAACCGAGGAUGCCAAAAUAUUGCUGGGGAAGACACGGCAUUCACCUCCUCAUCCCCCUGAGUAAUCUCCCACCUUGUCUGGACACGCUAUCUUCAUCCUUCACACUCGCAUUCGUAUUCGACUUUCUCAGACUUUCGUUCGCCGCUUUCCCGUCUUUCGACAUACCUCUAUUUAUAUUCGCAAAUUCGACCUUCCAAUUCCCACCUCUUCUAUGGACUUUUCGAAAGCCAGCAGUGCGCGUUAUUCCCGCCUCGUUUUUUCAAACCAAACGGACACUAUUUUGCCGUUGUAGUAUAUUAUCGUGCACCCACAACCAUUUCGCUUUGGAUAGACUCCCGCAUAAUCAGUGUACAGUACCGCUUCGCAUAUUUCUGUCGUAUGAUUGCCGCUUUCGAAUGUGGGCGAUUUAUAGUAUUAUAGCAUCUGCAGAGACAGUCCGUCCUUCUACUUAUUCAUCGUUGCA